AUGGUGCCACGAUAUUCGGCUUACGCCAGCCUCUUCCCCAUCUUUUUACAGACAUGCCUUGCGCAGGAUACCAGCAUUAUUUCCGUCCCAUAUGAAUCGACCUAUCUUCUUCCUUCACCGUUUCACGGCAACUUGUUUCACAGCUUUGUUAAUGGCACCAAUACGUUGGAUGCGUUAACUAACGAACUCCUUCAGUCUGCCACCAAAUCACCGUUCAUCUCAUACGGUGACGAGCCCCUGGCACUUCUCGGCCAGAAUCCAGCCAUUGAGUUGAUCGAGAAGCGUCCAGGCAACUUUGCGGGAGAAGCUGGCGUAUGGAUCAGCGAUCGCAAUGAACUCUGGUACACAACUUGGAUCAAUGAUGGGCCUACCCACGUGGAAAUCUUGGAUUUGAAUAACAACAGCAUCAGAAACCUGACCUCUUCACAGUCGUUGAAAAACCCGAACGGAGGAUUCUACCACCAAGGUCUCAUGUACUUCACUUGCUUGCGAGACGACUCUCGAGACUGGUCUGGCGGCGUCGUAUCUGUCAACCCAGAGACAGGCCACGUCGAAACUGCCCUCGACUCUUACUUUGGUCUCAAGUUUGAUAACAUUGACGAUGUGGCCUAG